AUGGCUUCGCUGCAGUCGGCGCCCCAGGUGGCGCCCGGCAACAUGUCCUUGCCGCCGAACCUGACCCAGCAGCAUAUCCAAGAGGCUAUUCAGAGAAUCAAGGACAUGCAAGCUGCGGGAGUUCCAACUGAUAGCCCUGAUUACAUCAAAUACCAAAACCUUCUUAUGGCCGUUCAGCGCCAGCAACAGUACCAAAAGCAAAAGCUUGCUGCGCAACGCCAACAACAGCAGCAACAGCAGCAGCAGAUGAACGGUGCUGCUUCAGCUGGUGAUGUAGCUCCCAAUGGUACUCACGGUCGUACGGUAUCUACCUCUUCCGCAACAGGCGGUACUCCUGACGCCAACGCUGCACGCAAGCCCGCCGCAGUUGGCAGCGGUACAUUUUCCCCCGAGCAAUUGGCUACCCUCCGCAAUCAGAUCUUUGCCUUCAAGAAGUUGUCAAAGAAUGAACUUAUUCCGCCUGCGCUACGUCAACAACUCUUCGCUGCCAAGAAAGUACAGACACCUACACCGACGGAAAAUGUCGCCGCUGCUGAGAAAACCGUCGAAGGUGCCGACAAGAGCACCCCUGACAAGGCUGGCGAACAGCCGAAUAAAGAGGUCCUUUCCAAGGAAUGGUACAGCAGCUAUGAGGUACCUGAGCGGGUUCUGAACAAGAUCUCUUACCGGGAUCAUGCCAUUCUCAAGAAGCGUGGACGUGUUCCCGCUUUCUCGACCCCCUUCCUCGAUCGCGUGUCCAUUGACGAAGACCGAGAAGUGGCUCGGUACAAUCGUAUGACUAGCCGCGCCAAAGCCAUCCAGGAACUUCCUGUCAACAUUGGCGUUUGGGAUACUAGCAAGGGUGACGCCCCCGCAAAUGAAUCUACAGCAAACACGAAACUUCUUAUCGAAUACAAGUCACUCAGUUUAUUCGAACGACAGCGAUUGCUUCGCGACAAACUGCGCCGGGCUAUCGCACACGACAGGAACCAAGUGAACACUGCUGCACAGCGUCGCAUGAAGAGGCCAUCUCUUCGUGAGGCACGGAUCACUGAAAAGCUUGAGGCGCAACAACGGUCCGCUCGUGAGUCUCGCGAGAAAGAAAAGCAAAAUGCCCAGUUGCAGGCUAUCCUCAACCAUCGCGCUGCACUCGCGCAGGCCACUGAAGCCAACAAGGCCCGUCUUGAUAAGAUGGGUCGUGCCAUGUACCAGCACCAUCAGUUCAUGGAGCGUGAAGAGCAAAAGCGUGUUGAGCGAACUGCUAAGCAGCGUCUGCAGGCUCUCAAGGCCAACGAUGAAGAGACCUACAUGAAACUACUCGGACAAGCUAAGAACUCGCGUCUUGACCACCUGGUUGGCCAAACCAACAAGUGGAUGCGUCAGCUCAAGGGUAGCGUUCGAGAGCAGCAGGGUCGGGCUAAGGCCGAUGAUGCUGAUGAUGACGGAUCUGGCGAUGAUGAGACCAACGACUAUUACGAGGUCGCUCACUCUGUGAAAGAGGAGGUCACCGAACAGCCCAAGAUUCUUGUUGGCGGCACUCUGAAGGAGUACCAGCUCAAGGGUCUCCAGUGGAUGAUCUCGCUCUACAACAACAACUUGAACGGUAUUCUGGCUGAUGAGAUGGGUCUCGGAAAAACCAUUCAGACCAUCAGUUUGAUCACGUACAUCAUCGAGAAGAAGCAGAACAAUGGUCCGUUUUUGGUCAUCGUGCCACUGAGUACGUUGACCAAUUGGAAUGUCGAGUUCGACAAAUGGGCCCCUGCGAUUCGCAAGGUUGUUUACAAGGGUCCUCCGAACGCACGAAAGCAGCAACAACAGGCCAUCCGCUGGGGUAACUUCCAGGUCUUGUUGACCACCUACGAAUACAUUAUCAAGGAUCGACCUCUUCUCAGCAAGAUCAAGUGGACUCACAUGAUUAUUGAUGAGGGUCACCGCAUGAAGAACGCCAAUUCCAAGCUGAGCACCUGCCUGGCACAGUACUACACCAGUCGUUUCCGUUUGAUUCUGACCGGUACGCCGCUGCAGAACAACUUGCCCGAGCUGUGGGCCCUGUUGAACUUUGUUCUACCGAAGAUUUUCAAGUCUGUGAAGUCGUUUGAUGAGUGGUUCAAUACACCGUUCGCAAACACUGGCGGCCAAGAUCGAAUUGAUCUUACCGAAGAAGAACAGCUGCUUGUCAUUCGCCGACUGCAUAAGGUUCUUCGUCCGUUCUUGCUUCGUCGCUUGAAGAAGGAUGUCGAGAAGGAUCUUCCUGAUAAACAGGAGCGCGUCGUCAAGUGUCGUUUCUCUGCUCUGCAGGCAAAAUUGUACAAGCAGCUUGUUACCCAUAACAAGAUGGUUGUUAGCGACGGGAAGGGCGGCAAGACUGGUAUGCGUGGUCUCAGCAACAUGCUGAUGCAGCUUCGAAAGUUGUGCAACCAUCCCUUUGUCUUCGAACCCGUUGAAGAUCAAAUGAACCCGAGUCGCAUGUCCAAUGACCUUCUUUGGCGAACGGCCGGAAAAUUCGAAUUGCUUGAUCGAAUUCUGCCCAAGUUCCGGGCCACUGGUCACAGAGUCCUUAUGUUCUUCCAAAUGACUCAGAUCAUGAACAUCAUGGAGGAUUUCCUUCGUCUUCGUGGCCUAAAGUACCUUCGUCUGGAUGGUGCUACCAAAUCUGAUGACCGAUCAGAGCUCUUGAAACUCUUCAACGCACCGAAUUCCGAAUACUUCUGCUUCCUUCUUUCGACACGUGCCGGUGGUCUGGGUCUGAACCUGCAGUCUGCAGAUACCGUCAUCAUUUAUGACUCGGAUUGGAAUCCUCACCAGGAUUUGCAGGCUCAAGAUCGUGCCCAUCGUAUUGGACAGAAGAACGAGGUUCGCAUCAUGCGAUUGAUCAGCUCUAACUCCGUCGAGGAGAAGAUCCUCGAACGUGCACAGUUCAAGCUCGACAUGGACGGCAAGGUUAUCCAAGCCGGAAAGUUCGAUAACAAGUCGACCAACGAGGAACGAGACGCCCUUCUUCGAACACUACUGGAGACAGCAGAAGCUGCCGACCAAAUCGGAGAGUCCGAUGAAAUGGACGACGAUGACUUGAACCAAAUGAUGGCUCGUUCCGAAAACGAGUUGGAAGUCUUCCAGAACAUUGAUAAGGAGCGGAUGGCGACCGAGCAAUACGGACCUGGCCACAAGUAUCCACGUCUAAUGUGUGAGGAAGAACUGCCGGACAUCUACAUGCAGGAAGACAAUCCUGUUACUGAGACAGUUGAGGCAGAAGUCUACGGCCGUGGCGCCCGUGAGCGCAAGGUCACUCGAUACGACGAUGGUCUGUCUGAGCUUCAAUUCUUGAGGGCAGUAGAUGCCAUGGAAGGCGGAGAAGAAGACGCGCCUACUCUGGAAGAAGUUGUCGAAGAGAACGCUCGUCGUGCGGCGGAGAAGGCGGCCAGAAAGGAGAAGCGAUCCAAGAGGGCAUCUGGUGUUGUCGAAUCGUCCCCUGACCCAUCAGUUGAUGAUGAGACUCCCAAGAAGAAGCGUCGUCGUAACCCUCCGCCUACUAAGCGUAAGGCCGAAGAGGUUGCCGAAGAGACCCCACAACCUAAGCGCAAGCGUGGACGCCAACCCAAGAUUCCCGACACAUUGAGCAGCGCCGACCGUGCUACUCUGAACCGCAUCGUGACCAGUGUCCUUCAGUCCCUGAAGGAGAUGGAGCAGGAGAUCCCGGCUGAAUCGUCGGACAGCGAAGAAGGCCCAAUGGUGCGGGCAAUCAUCGAUCCAUUCAUGAAACCGCCGCCGCGUUCGCAAUAUCCCGACUACUACAUGAUCAUCAAGAAUCCAAUUGCCGUCGACACGAUCGAGAAAAAGAUCAAGCGCGAUGAUUACCAGAGCCUUAAGGAGUUCCGGGAUGACAUUCAUUUGCUUUGCCAGAAUGCCAGGACGUACAACGAGGACGGCAGUCUUCUUUUCCAGGAUGCCAAUGAUAUCGAGGCCAAAUGCGUGGUGGAGUUGAAGAAAUUGACCGAGGGCCACCCGGAGUUUGCCAACUUUGACGAUCCUGGCUCUGUCGUCGGCGACGGGCAGUCUACAGGCGCCGAUACCCCUAUGACUGCCAGUACCCCUGGUCAGCCGAAAAUCAAGCUCACGUUCAACAACUCCAACUUUGACAGCGCCAGCACUCAGAACGGAACCGACCCUGGUGCCGAUGAAGUUUGA